GGCACUGAGUGCUUGGAAGGUCCCCUUCUCAGACACGCCAUGGCUGCACGGACUGUGCCCCACGCCUACCCCAUGAGUUCGGAGUACGAGUUUGCCAACCCUAGCAAGAUCUAUGACCAGAACUUUGGAGAAGGUGUGUCCCCAUGUGAGAUUUUAGCCCCUGCCCUGUACCAUGGCUACUACAUCAGGCCUCGGAUCAAUAAGCAGCUGGAUAGAGGCACCUCUGAGAUCAGCCUCAAUGAGCACAAAUUCCAAGUCUUCCUGGAUGUCUGUCACUUCCUGCCAGAUGAGCUCACUGUCCGCACUGUAGACAACCUGCUGGAGGUGGUGGGGCAGCACCCACAGAAGGCUGACCGCCAUGGCUUCAUCUCCCGAGAGUUCACCAGGACCUACAUUCUCCCUCUGGAUGUCGACCCCUUGCUGGUGAGAGCUACAUUGUCCCAUGAUGGCAUCUUAAGCAUUGUGGCUCCCCGGACGGGAAAGGAGGUGAAGGCCAGAGUCAACGAGGUGAAGAUAACCCAACAGGAGCAGCCAGUGGGGAAGGAAGAACAGUCUGAGGAAGGAAAAAGGAAGGAAGAGUCCUAAAGGCCCUAGAUCUGGGCUUGCCCAGGGCAGGCGGGGGGGAAAGGGAUGGGGAAUCCAUGGUGCCAGACCCUUAUUUCUCACCAUCAGUGUUUAGCCGGGCUAAACAGGCAGCCAUAUAUAUGCCAUACUUCUGCUUCUUAAGACCGAUGGCUGGAAAAAGGGACUUGGAACUGAAAAAAGAGGGGGACUAAAGUGUCAGUGUGAGGGACUGUGAUGCAAGUUUUCUCCUAGGUCAAGUGCUCAUUGAGCAGGGUGCUCUUCUCUCACCCCAAAUGGCAAGGGUCACUCUUACCCUAAACUGUGAGGCUGUGUCACAGUGGACUGUUAAACAGCUGCUGUGCUCUAGCCCAGAAGGGUACUGGGAAGAGGGAAGAGAUGAUCCCAGUGCCUUGCUUCUGAGCUGGUAGCUGACCUCUGUGGAGAUGGAAGGUGCUUGUUGGUCUGUAAAAGUGCCUGCAGCUCUCAGGAGGAGAGAGGAAUAAAUCUGCCUCUGAUCUGCUCUUGUUUGCCUUGGAUUCAUGUUGCUUCUGGCCAAGCUACUCUGCAGCAGGAAGGAUGGACGGUGCCUUAGCUGCUCCAGAUGUGGGGAGCAGAGCAGCAGAGAGUUCACACUACGCUUAUCUGUGGAAAUGGCAUCAGUGGGGACUUGGAGGGACUCUGUCCAUGGGGCAGCCAGGGGGACCUCUGUGAUUGACCCUACUGGCUCAGGUGCAGCUGGAGUUGCUUGCUGUUGUAGGGAGUCCUCAGGGGGCAGUAGCCUCAAGGAGAAAAGAUGUAGAGUGAUGGGCUCUUGGAAGCUCACUGUGCAUUUCCAGACCUGCAGCUGGAGUUAGCUCAAGUUAAAAAUGGUCUCUGCUUACUUCAGCCCUCUAGUUUAUGGGACUUAAGGCUUAUUCACACACAGAAUUUUUCAGCCGUUGUGAGGGGAGUGAAAUGCUGAAGGGAAAGGCUCUGCUCAGAUCCCAAGUGCCUUGCUGGCAUC